AGCCAUUUAUGCAAACUAGGUUGAUUGAAGAAAAUCAGAAAAUGGAGGCGUGGAUGGCGCGCACGCGCAGUGAGUCCACAACUACCCAGUCCCAGACACAGCGAGCGAGACGUCAACAACAGAGAGCUGGUUACUGAUGCUGGUGAAUUGUGAGAGUAAUCACAUUGUAACGACUCGUGUUCAAGGUUAUUACUUUGUAUUAACUACGUUCGAUUUGCAUCAAGAUGUUUGGCUUUCACAAGCCGAAGAUGUACCGGAGUUUAGACGGCUGUUGCAUCUGCCGCGCCAAGUCCUCCAGCUCGCGCUUCACGGACAGCAAGCGGUACGAGAAGGACUUCAUGAGCUGUUUCGGAUUGUGUGAAACUCGGUCUGGAGAAAUCUGCAAUGCCUGUGUACUCCUGGUGAAACGAUGGAAGAAACUCCCAGUGGGGUCUAAGAAAAGCUGGAAUCAUGUGGUUGAUGCCCGAGGAGGCCCCAGCCUAAAGAUGUCUUCCAGGCCAAAGAAGCUGAAGUCCCUCUCCAAGAGAGCCAGGCCAAGCCAGAUCAGCCGACUGCAGAAAGAGCUGAAGAGAAACAACUCUGAUGCCCACAGCACCACGUCCAGUGCCUCCCCGGCCCAGUCUCCCAGCUACAGCAACCCCUCAGACGAGGGCUCCGACACAGAGCUCUCCCCUGGCUCCAGCCGCUCCCCUGUCUUCUCCUUCCUGGACCUCACCUACUGGAAGAGGCAGAGGGUGUGUUGUGGGAUCAUCUACAAGGGCCGCUUUGGGGAGGUGCUCAUCGACCCCCACCUCUUCAAGCCCUGCUGCCGCAAGAAACAGCAGCGGCAGCGGCUGGAGGAGGAGGAAGGGUACGAGGAAGUGGAGGUGGAAGUGGUAGAAGUGGCGGAGGAGGUGGGGAAGGAAGAGGAGGUGGAGGAGGAGGAGGAGGGGGAGGAGGUGAAGGUGAAGAGGUCAAACAACAGCCAGAAGAGCUUAGAGACUCCUCAGCUACAGGUCACCAUGACAACACCUCAGACCGAAGAGGAGGAGGAGGAGGUUGAGGAGGAAGACUGGUAACGCUGCACCACAGUGUGUGCAUCUUUAAAGAAGCCUUGGGAGUGCUCCUGGAUUACAAGCGCUUACAAAAAGAAGUUACGUCGGAAUGCCUUCAGUCAACGAGCAGCUGAAACCUAUUUAGACUUUUUUUUUCUGUAAUUUUGUUUGUUAGUUUGGUAACUUGUGGACUGACUGAGCCAUCUGGUCUUGUACUUGGUAUUCUCCUUGUCCUGGGUUCAUGCUCAUUAGGCCGGGCAUGCAACGGAAAAUGAAAAUGAGCUUUUCUUAUUGGGCAAGUCCAUGUAGUACCUACGUGUUGCAAUCUAUUUUCUUCCAUUUGGUUCCUAAUGAAUACGACCCAAAUGUUCUAACACCUCUCUUGGUGUGUUUUUCUCCUUGACAUAAAAUGCUGUAGCUCUGACUGAUCGGCAGCCUACCUUUUACAGGUUACGGUCGUACAGUAGCACUUGUAUUAUACUGAAACACAUUCACAUUUACACUAUUUUUAUCUAUUCUGUAUAUGGGCCUGUAUAUAUUUAUAUAUGGGCCUCGGUUGAGAAAGGCCUAUUCACAGCACCAACAGCCAAUACACCAGCCUUAAUUUAGUGAGGGAAGGCAGCGCCUGUGUUUUGUCAGUGUUGGUACUAACGGAUGAUAUUACAGGGAAAUUUCAAAAAGGUUCAACUUGAUAUUUAUUAUCUCCAACACCACCCCAACAUCAAAAUAUUUUAAAACGGCAGGUAUCUAUGUUUUGUAGUCAAAAGGAUGCACACCAGAUUAUGUAAAAGAAAAUUAUGAUUCUGGAUGAAAAACAUUUGACAUCAUGUGAUUUUUAACCAACUAUGAGCAGGCAAAGGUUAGGAAACUAACUACCUCAUCAUUUCAAAAGUGUUUCUGGAUUAUGUCAUCGGAAACAUUUUUCUUCCUCUAUCUGCCUCCCAUCUUUAUGACUACACAACAUUGAAGCGCGCUAUUUUCGCAUAUGUUGAUGUGGCGCUGGAGAUGAUGAAUAUGAAGUUGAAAAUUGUGAAAUGUCCCUUUUUAAGGCAUAAUAGUUAGUUGCUAGUUUGUUGAGUUUUCUCCUGCUUAUUAUGUAUUAAUGGAGGCCUUAGGCUUUCAAAAUGAAGAGAAGCAACACAGUGUGUUUUACAUGAAGAAAAAAUAACCCCUCUCAUCCAAAAUAUCUGGAGAUCAGAUGCAUAAGUCUAAUAAGCUAUUGCAUGGCCUUAAAAGCAUAACUCAAUUUUUUUGGAAGUCUUGCUCGUAUUUUCCAGACCUAAUGACCCGAAGCCCCAAAGUAUUGUUUUAUUUAAAAGGGGAAUACAUGUCACAAUUGUCUCCUCUGCUGUAUUAUACACCAGCAAGUACAAUAGUGACCAGUUCAGAUCAUGAACUAUUCCUUCUAGAGGCUGGAAUACUUUUAUACUUUAGUUUUUCUUACUGUCAGUAAGGGGACAGGAUUAUGUAAUUAGCACACACACACAUUUUGUUCUUCUAUCCUCGUGGGGACCUAAAAUUAAUUUCCAUUCAAAAUCAAAU